CAGGGUUCAAUCCUCGCCACAGACGAUCUUUGUUUAUCCUCCCUCAGCAGUAUGACUGUUGUCUUCUGGAUCUGAGAUGGGGCUGCGGCGCAGAGGACAGACUAAACAAACCCGGGACGGGACGGCGUCCGCUUGGUAGGAAGUUGAACACUGGGAGGAAUUCUUCUCGAUCCCAGUCACCCCCUCACAUCUUCCUCCACUCCCGGCCUCGUUAGGCCGGGGAAUGUCCCGACGGCGAGAUGCCUUAUGUGGACCGACAGAACCGCAUCUGUGGCUUCCUGGACAUUGAGGAGAAUGAGAACAGUGGCAAGUUCCUGCGACGGUACUUCAUUCUGGACACACAGCAGGGGAGCUUGGUGUGGUUCAUGGAUAACCCUCAGAACCUCCCCGUUGGUACAGACUGUGUUGGUUCACUCAAGCUCACCUACAUCUCUAAGGUCAGCGAUGCCACUAAGCUGAGGCCUAAAGCAGAGUUUUGCUUUGUCAUCAAUGCUGGGAUGAGGAAGUUCUUCCUUCAGGCCAAUGAUCAGCAGGACCUUGUGGAUUGGGUCAACGCUCUCAAUAAAGCGACCAAGAUCACUGUGCCAAAGUCGUCCGAAAACCAGCAGAAUUCAGAAAACCAGAAGGUUUUGCCAGACGUUGUUGGGUCCAAGAAACAAGUCUCCUAUAGGACAGAUAUAAUUGGAGGAGUCCCCAUCAUUACCCAAACCCAGCAUGAAGCUGGUGACAGCGCAAACAGAUCAGAGCGUGAGGCCUUGCAACGCUCCCACAGUCAGCUGCCAUACUUCCUGUGCAGGCCGGCUCAGGAACACAGCGUCAUCAAGUCAGGCUACUGUGUGAAGCAAGGAGCCGUGAUGAGGAACUGGAAGCGUCGUUACUUCCUCCUUGAAGAAAAUGCAAUGAGCUACUUCAAGUCAGAUUUGGAGAAAGAGCCUCUGAGAAUGAUCCCACUGAAGGAGAUUCACAAAGUCCAAGAGUGCAAACAGAGUAGUGACAUCAUGAUGAGAGAUAACCUGUUUGAAGUCGUCACAACAUCAAGGACGUUUUAUAUCCAGGCGGACAGUCCAGAGGAGAUGCACAGCUGGAUAAAGGCUGUCUCAGGGGCCAUAGUAGCCCAGCGGGGACCUGGGAGGUCAGCUGCCACAGAACACAGCAACCGUUCCACGUUUUACCGCAGCCCAGCGGGUCCCCCCGUCCCUCGCUCGCCCAUAUCUGCCGUGCCACCAUGCUACCCAGAGCGGGGGGAUAUUGUCACGUGCAGCACACGCUCGCAGCCUAGCGUGGGACAGCGAGCACUUCAUGAGCCUGCUGCCACGCCCCAUUCACAGCCACACACCAGCACGCCUGUCCCAGCAGGGGACACGCCUCGCAAAGUGACCUCCCAACCUCCUGCGGUCAACAUGGCGAACUCUGAGGAGUCACCAUGGAGACGUCGGAGCAGCUUCGAGCCCCAGGUUCCCCUAACACAUCUGGACUUUGAUGAUGCUGAUCUGCCAGUGAGUGAGGUCUGACCUCCUUUAAGCUGGACUUGAAAGCCUUCAACUCUUGAUGGACAUUGACCCCUUGAAUAAACAGGAAACCCUUCGAAUCCAGGCUUUACUAAACAAAGCCGUAACACAAGCUCAUCUUCAGAGCGAUCCAUCUGCGUGCAACCAGGGACACCGCUGAGCUGCUCUCGUCUGCCAAAGGCAACCUAGUGUUCACCUAAACUCCUGCACUCUGGAUGCUGUCAAAUCCAAACUACAUAUUUGACUUGUUCUGAAUAAAAUUCAACAUCAGAGCUUUAUUUUAACACACACAGCCCAGAGAUUUUUAUAAACGACUUUUUGCCAAUGAAAUAAGGGAGCUUUUAACAAUGCAAGCUUUUUCGUAAGUGACUGAGAAGGUUGUUUAAACUUUGGACUGGCUUUCUGUUGUUUUGUUUUUUUUCUUCAAAUCUGCAGAUCCUUGACUCUCCAGGUCAUUUUCACACUAAUUAUACCAACACUGGAUAAAACAGUAAGAAGUAAAUGUUUGCAGCCAAAUGUAUUCUUGCUUGAAAAUCUGCCACUGACCUCUUUGUUUUCUGGUAUUUAUGUGGGCUUGACUUUAGGAUACAGAUGUAACCACUCACAUCUUAUAUGUACAGUGUUCUUUCUUCCACAUCUCGUUGGUAUUAGGAACAAAAUCAGAGGCUGAAACAGCUUCGUUUCCAGACUACAUUUUAGUAUGCCAUGGUUUGUGUGCUUUGCAGCAUAUUAAUUGAAAAAGAUAAGUGUUGAACUUGUAUGCGUUUUUGACUAAACAACAGUAAAAGUCACCAACAGCCUUGCAAUAAAGAUAAAACACUGAGCAUAGUCACUUGCUUCAGAUGCAUGCUAAUAUUUUAUUGAUUCUUCAGGCGAUCUUUGUUUUCUUUUGCUUUUUGAUUAUUUGCAGAUCCUUUUGUUGUGAGUUUGUAUGUUUUAUAUCCUUUUAGAUCUGAGUUUUCUUGUAUCUGUACUUCCAGUGUAAUUCUAAGCAGCCACCUGCUGGUGUUAUUAAAAAAAAAAGAACUCACUGUAAUCCUACUAGAUAAUGCACACUAAUCUUUAUUUUUCUUUAAGUGCCUGUCUUCAGUCUAGUUGACCCAAGCUAUUUCACUCCCAUUUCAGUCUGGUGUUUGAAUUGUUUCUAUUUAUUAAGUGGAUGACUUGAAAUAAAUAAACAGUGAAAAUGUGA